GCCUUUAACGUACAAGGAGAAAGAAAAAAAGGUUAAUAAUAAUACAGAUUUGGCGGCAACCCAAACAGGCGUCCCAAAGGCGGGUAACCUGCAGCGCACUAUUUUGUUUUCUUUUCUCUUUUUAGAUCAAACGACGACGAAGUACGUUGGUUUGGUUUUGUGCGAGUGUGAGCGUCAUUUCUCCUCUUUUUUUCUUUUCCGUAGACCCCCUCACGGUAGAGCUGAGGAGCCGCGCCGUUGCAGACACUUAUACAGACACACACACUCAACGCGCGUUGCUUUUUUUUUUCGAAGCCUGCGCCAGGAAUGAUGUCAUGUUGGAAUGGUAGGAUGUUGAAAUGUACCUUAGUACCCCAUUUUCCUCUCUUCUAACCUUGCGACAGUCUUCGACUUUCGCCUCUCACUUCUAUUGUCGAGUCCCGCCCACCCGAGCCCGCACCGCCCCGCUUUGGAGGCGGACUUUGAAAAGGAGUCUGCCACUUCGUAUGUAUAUAUCCAGCGUGAAAAAGAUGUAA